UUGAAAAAAAUUGUCAAUCUGUCAUGUCAAGAUCUAUGAGUUGAAUCAUUGAAUGAAUUAAAAUAGAAAAUGUUCUUUGGAAAUUUGUUAUAAUAAUCUUGAUAUGUGCAUUUAAUAAAAAGUUAUUUUAGUGUCAAGUGUACUUCAUGAAUGUAUCUAAUAAUUAAAGUAUAAACGAGUGGCAUACAUGGCUCAACGCUUUCCUGCAAGCGGGCCAAGCGCCGCGCCUCCUCCAGGCCCAAUGCAACCUCAGCAGCGGUACCCUGGUCCUGCACAACCUCCUGGAUCACCAAUGCCACCAAGACCUUACCCAGGACCCAAUUUCCCUGCUCGCAGCGGGUUCACACCGCCGCCCGGGGGCGCGGGGGGCGCGCCGCCAGCUGGGGGGCGCGCGGCCGGGGGCGCGGCCUACGGGGGCGGCCCGGCGCCCGCGCCUCUGCGACCGGCCCCAGCGCCUGCUCCUCCGGCGCCCGCCAAGCGGCCGGGCGACGCGCGCGGCCCGGCGCCGCACAAGCCGGGGCUAUAUGGGGCGGAGGGCUACGCGGCGGGCGCGGGCGGGGCGCAGGCUCCGAAGCGCAAGAAGCGGUUGGCCGACAAGAUCCUGCCGCAGAAGGUGCGCGAUCUAGUGCCAGAGUCGCAGGCCUACAUGGACCUCCUCGCCUUCGAACGUAAACUGGAUGCCACAAUUAUGCGGAAACGACUUGACAUCCAAGAAGCCCUCAAACGUCCCAUGAAACAAAAACGAAAACUCCGGAUAUUCAUAUCCAACACAUUCUACCCAGGUCAGGGUGACACCGCUGUACCAUCUUGGGAGCUUCGUGUCGAGGGCCGUCUGCUGGACGAUACUAAAAACGAUCCUAACAAAAUGUUGCAGGUGAAGCGCAAGUUCUCAUCGUUCUUCAAGUCGCUGGUGAUCGAGCUGGACAAGGAACUGUACGGGCCCGACAACCACCUCGUGGAGUGGCACCGCACGCUGACGACGCAGGAGACGGACGGCUUCCAGGUGAAGCGGCCCGGCUACAAGAACGUGCGCUGCACCAUCCUGCUCCUGCUGGACUACCAGCCGCUGCAGUUCAAGCUGGACCAGCGCCUGGCGCGCCUGCUGGGCGUCCACACGCAGACCCGGCCCGUCAUCGUCAACGCGCUGUGGCAGUACGUCAAGACGCAUCGUCUGCAGGACGUGCACGAGCGCGAGUACGUCGCCUGCGACAAGUACCUCGAGCAGAUCUUCGGCGCCUCGCGCAUGAAGCUGGCCGAGGUCCCGGGCCGCCUGGGCGCGCUACUGCACCCGCCCGACCCCAUCGUCAUCAACCACGUCAUCGCCGUCGAGCCGCCGCACGACACCAAGCAGACUGCGUGCUACGACAUCGACGUCGAGGUGGAUGACACUCUGAAGACUCAGAUGAACAACUUCUUGUUGAGCACUGCCAAUCAACAAGAGAUCCAGGGCCUGGACUCCAAGAUCCAUGAGACUGUGGACACUAUCAAUCAGUUGAAGACAAAUCGCGAAUUCUUCUUGAGCUUCAGUAUGGAUCCGCAGCAGUUCAUCCAGAAGUGGCUAGUUUCGCAGUCGCGUGACCUCAAGAGUAUGGGAAGCGCGGGCGCCGGCGCGGCCGAGGAGGAGCGGCUGGGCGCGUACUACCGCCAGGCCUGGGCGCGCGAGGCCGUGGCGCGCUACCUCACGGCGCGCCUGGCGCAGCGCCGCCGCGACCUCGACCUGGCGCUGCACUCGCAGCACCCGCCGCACGCGCAGCACGCGCCGCACGCGCCGCACGCGCACACGCCGCACCUGGCCCGCCUCUAACCGCGCCACUGUACACUCUCCCUUGUAAUAAACUUUUAUUCCGGCA